AUGUCGUACAAAUUUCCAGGUGUGGCACUGGUCACAGGAGCAGGGGGGACAGGCAUUGGCAGUGCUGUGGCCAAGGCAUUCGUUGAUAGCAAUUGCAAUAAGAUCGUCAUUUCCGAUCUGAAUGAGGACAGUUUGGCUUAUACGCGAAAGACACUGCAAGCUGCCAGGCCCUCGGCAGAGAUCCUCGCUGUGGUAGGGAAUAUUGCGGAUGAAGUAUUUGUGAAGAAAUUGGCCGAAGAGGCUGUAAAGGCGUUUGGUCGUAUUGACUACGCAGUUAAUUGUGCAGGCGUUAAUGCGCCUUCUUUACGCUCCCAUGAAACCUCUCUUGAACUGUUUGACCACAUCAACAACGUAAAUUAUAGGGGAUGUUGGCUCUCGGAAAGAGCAUGGAUAUCUCAGAUGUUAACUCAGGAUCCACUGCCUGAACAUGUGGAACAAAGGGGGGCAAUAGUAAAUAUUGCAAGUCAACUCGGCCUGAUAGCUAGGCCAAAUGCUGCUCCCUAUUGCGCAUCCAAAGCAGCAGUUAUAAACAUGACACGAUCAGAUGCCAUUGAUUAUUCCAAAGAUAACAUUCGGAUCAACUGCGUGUGUCCCGGAAUCAUCGAAACCCCAAUGACAACACGCACAGAAGAGAUCCGCCAGCGUGUAGCCGAAUCCGUGCCUAUCGCACCAAUGAACAGAAUGGGCAGGCCAGAAGAGAUCGCAGCUGCGGUUUUGUUCCUGUGUUCGGGACAAGCAAGUUUUAUUCAGGGGCAUACGCUGGUAGUCGACGGUGGAUAUAGUAUCAACUGA